GACGAAAAGUAGCUCGCCUCGCCACGCUCCUGCGCUACACCGCCCCGCCGUGUCCAGUCCAUUCAAUUCCCAAGCUGGUCACGCCCACGCACCGCCCGUAUAAAAGACGGGAGCUUAGCUAGCCAGCGACCCAAGAUCGAAGGAGCAGAUCGAUCGAUGGCCGACCACCACUAUACACAUCUCGGCGGCGGCAGCGGGAGUGGCGGCGGCGGGGGCGGGGGCAGCCCGCCUGAGCGGCUGCGCGGCGGCGGCGGGUCGGGGGACCAGGGGAUCAAGGAGCAGGACCGGCUGUUGCCCAUCGCCAACGUGGGGCGGAUCAUGAAGCAGGUCCUGCCGCCCAACGCCAAGGUGUCCAAGGAGGCCAAGGAGACGAUGCAGGAGUGCGUGUCGGAGUUCAUCAGCUUCGUCACCGGGGAGGCCUCCGACAAGUGCCACAAGGAGAAGCGCAAGACCGUCAACGGCGACGACGUCUGCUGGGCCUUCUCCGCGCUCGGCUUCGACGACUACGUCGACCCCAUGCGCAGGUACCUCCUCAAGUUCCGCGAGCUCGAGGGCGACCGCGCCGCCGCCGCCGCCUCCUCCCGCGGGGGCCUCCCCGUCCCCGACGCCUCCACCUCCGGCACCGGCGCCAGCGGCUCCGGUAAUUUCAUGUUCGAAGCCAUGGACAGGAGGGAUAACACCGGCCCCGGCACCGGCAGGCAGUUUUGAACCACUAAUACCUACUCCAUCAUCAGAUCAGGCAGGCAUCCAUCUUCUUCCUUGAUCCAUCCCACAAGUGCUACCUAGCUACACCUUAAUUACUCUCUCCAUUUUCUUAUUAGAGAGGUGACCAGCUAGCUAGUGGCAGAAUUAGGAGUUAGCUGCUAGUGGGUAGUAGCAGAGAAGAGUAGUUGUUCUUCUGAUUAAUUUAUCUGUUGUGUGUUGGAGAUGGAUGAAAGACAAGUAAAGGAAGACGAUCACUAGGAUCGAUGGAUGGACCGCGACCACGACGGCCGGGGCCGGCGACCGCGACACGGCGGAGUUGGAAUUAAUUGGAGAAUGAUGCAUGAUCGAUUCGAUCUGAUUAGGUGUCCAGAUUAAUAUUUAUGUGGCAAAUUAGUUGAUGCUGCGCAACUUGGAUCAGCUCAAGUACAUUGUUUUUCAACUUCAGUGAUUAAGAUUGUAGAUCAAUUUCAAUUUAUCGAUGUGCCUUUGUUUU